AACAAAACUUCUCCAAUGCACAAUGUUAACAUCUUUAAAUAUUUAUCUAUGUGUCAUUUAAUAUUCAAUAUACAUCAAAGAAACUGGAUAGACUGCCGCAAUUAUUAUUUGAAUCCAAAUCCUAUUCAUACUAUACUCUUCCAACCCAUAUUCAAAUUAUAAACUGCCGCAUGAUCAAAGAAGCAUAUGAUCGAACUGUACUCAUAUUCUUCCAACCUGUAUGAUCAAAGAGAUCACUGCCGCACCAUUACUCACUCAUAUUCAUCGAUCCGAGAAGAGAAAGAAAAGAAAUUUUGCACUAUACGAAUUAGGAUAUGUCAUCACGAGACUCUGAAUCUGAAUUGAGCUCUCCUAGUGAAUCAUCAAGCACAGAAUCACUGACCCUUACCAAGACAUUUUGGACAGAUGGUGGUUUUGAUGAAGAAUCAAACUCCUUUGUGGUUCAAACCGGGGCAGUUCAGGUUCCAAUUGUACUUUCUUCAUUUUUAGCAGGUAAUAAAUGCCCACAUGGGGGCUCAACAAUUGGUAGGGAAUACAUUCGCCGUGAUAGGAAAGAUCGUCAUGAGUUAAUUAAAAAAGACUACUUUAGUGGUGACAAGUCAAAGUACACCGCUGAUAAAUUUCGUCGCCGCUUUCGCAUGGAUAUUGAGCUUUUCGAGAGAAUUUUGCAUGCGGUAGAGAAUUAUGACAAUUACUUUACACAAAAGGUUGAUGCAGUUGGAAACAUAGGAUUGAGUCCUUUACAAAAAUGUGUAGCAGCGAUAUGAAUGCUUGCAUACGGCUGUUCAGCAGAUUCCCUUGAUGAAUAUGUUCAAAUUGGAGAAAGUACUGCAAUUGAAUGUUUGAAAAAAAUUUGUGAUGCUAUAAUAGGAUUGUUUGAAGAAAAAUAUAUGAGAAAACCAAAUAAAUCAGAUGUUGCAAGUCUGUUAGAAGAAAGUGAAGCUCGGGGGUUUCCGGGAAUGCUCGGUAGUCUAGAUUGUAUGCAUUGGCACUGGAAAAAUUGUUCGACUGCUUGGCAUGGAACUUUUACUAAUGGGUUCAAAAAAGUUCCAACUCUUAUUCUAGAGAUUGUUGCUUCACAUAGUUUAUGAAUUUGGCAUGCAUUCUUUGGUAUGGCAGGUACAAAUAAUGAUGUGAAUGUUCUCGAUAGAUCUCCUCUAUUUGAUGACCUAGUCAAUGAUAUUGCACCAAAAUGUGAUUUUGUGAUACAAGGUCAUCACUAAAAUAUGAGUUAUUAUCUAUCUGAUGGUAUCUAUCCACAAUAUGCCACAUUAAUCCAAACAAUCUCACAACCAACUUCUAUGAAGGAGAAGCUAUUUGCAAAAUGUCAAGAAUCUAUUCGGAAGGAUGUGGAACGAGCAUUUGGAGUCUUACAAAGUCGUUGGCAUAUAGUAAAAGGUCCUGCUCGUAUGUGGAGUGUAACUGACUUGGGAAAAAUAAUGAAAACAUGUAUCAUCUUGCACAAUAUGAUUAUUGAAAGUGAGGUUGACCAAGGCAUCAACCCUGAAAAUUGGCAACCAGAAAGUGAAGAAGCAGUUGAAAGUGUUACUCUGGAGCAUGAUUUUACGUAUCUUGUAUCAAGGAUAAACAAUAGAAUGAAACAAAUACAAGACAAGAGAGUGCGUAAAGAUCUGAAACGUGAUCUUAUCAACCACUUAUGGGAAGUUUAUGGUGGUCAGAGAGAAGAUUGAAGUAUCUUUAAGUUGUUGAGUUAAUUAUUGUCUUUGACUAAUUAUUUUGAGUUUGUCUUUUUAUUAUGAUUUGAUGGAAUAAUCUAUAUAUUUAAAGUAUACAUGCUUUUAGAUGCUUUAUGUAUUAGACAGAUUGUCUAUUUAUGCAAAUUCUGCACCAGGUAUGACUUUGGAAACAUAGUUGGGUUUCUCCAGGC